UUGACGUCAUCAAAAAUUGUGUAGGAGGAGAAAAUGGCACAACCAGCGACUGCGAGAAUUCAGCCGAAGAAACAAACGUUGGAAGAUGCGUAUUCGCCCCCAGCCAACUUUCUUGAAAUAGACGUGCUUGAUCCGGAAACACAUGGUGUUGCUAAGAAAAGAUACACAGAUUAUGAAGUCAGAAUACGGACCAAUUUACCUGUUUUUAAAGUAAAAGAAUCAAGUGUACGCAGACGAUAUAGUGACUUUGAAUGGUUACGGACUGAACUGGAACGAGACAGUAAGAUUGUUGUUCCUCCACUGCCUGGUAAAGCAUUUAAACGACAGUUGCCCUUCCGAGGGGAUGAUGGCAUAUUUGAGGAUGAGUUCAUAGAGGAGAGAAGAAAAGGACUCGAAGUAUUUGUUAAUAAGGUGGCAGGACACCCGUUGGCCCAGAACGAGAAAUGUCUACACAUGUUCCUGCAAGAACCAGUUAUAGAUAAAAACUAUGUGCCAGGCAAAAUCAGAACAACCUAACCUCUCACCCCACCCACCCAGCCUAAAUGUACACAGCUUUGUGGUAUCAUUUUAUAACUCAAAUACAAUAGGUUACUUUAAGUAAGGCCUAAAAACCUGUGUUUGGGGCAAUACAUUUAACAAAAAUAACAGGUCAUCAAUCUAAAGAUUUUUGCAAAAAUCGUUUUUUAUAAAUUCUGUAUUUGUCUGGAAUAUGUAUAAAUAUUUUUGCAUUACUUAAUUCAAGUUUGACUGUACUUAAUUUCAAAAACUUGUCUGUAGCACAAAACAUUGGGCCACAUUUGUUCUUAAUGUCACUGUUUUGUGUAUAGGGACAUAUUGUUUUGUGUAUUAUUGUGAUAUAAUGUUUUGUCGGAUUUUCUAUAUACAUUUUGUAUAUUAAUGUUCAAAAUGAAGUUUGCCAUUUUAUAUAAUGUAGGUGCAUGUGAAAAUAGUGAAAUGCAUGUGACUUUGUUGAAAUAAGGUGCUUCAAUAUUCUUAUUUUUCUUAAAAUAAUGGAAAUAUAAUUCAAUAAAGUCAUUGGGGAUUCAUUAUUUUCUCUUUUUGCUUUUAUAGGCAAUUUCUUAAUGCAAGGACCAUUAUUAUUAAAUACGUGUAUUGCAAAGCCCUUGAUUGCAUUGGAUUUUUUAAUUGAACAUGUAUAAUGCCCCUCAUCCUAUAUUUAUAAAUUCCCCAUUUCAGAGCUGCAUCAUUUAUUACAAAAUUAUGUUUACUCAACAUUUAUUUAUGAACAUACAUUACAUACAUUAGUCAACUUACUUUUUGAUGCUGUGUAUAAUGUGUUAAAGACUUGAUUCUGUUUGUAGUCAGUUACUAUUUAACAAUACAAGAAAUUGAGUUGUUGAAUUCUCAAACCAAUCAGAGGUGUAGAAUUCUGUUAAGCGAUAUUCUCAUAUAUUCAAUAAGUUUCUGCAAUAUUUUCUUCGAUGUUUCUUGAUAUUUAAAUCAAAACAUUUGUAUUUUCUUUACUGUUUAGUUUAAACUGUUUACUAACCUGUUUGAUUUUCCUUUCUUAUUCUGUUUCUAUUUCCUUUUUUAAACAUACCACAAAUGAAUUUAUGUAGACAACCUUGUCGUUGUCUAUUGUGUCAUUUAUUGUCCACUACCGGUUUCACCGGAGGGGACUUAUGGUUUGCGCUUUGUCUGUCAGUCUGUAAGUCACACUUUUCUGGAUCCUGCGAUAACUUUUAAAGUUCUGAAUAAUUUUUUUCAUGAAACUUGAAAACUGGAUAGAUGGUAAUAUGGACAUUAUGCAAGUCAUUUCAUUUUUUUUCUACGUCAAAAAUUCUGGUUUCUAUGGCAACAAAUAAACAAAAAAUUCUGACAAUGGUGGAAUUUCUGACAAUGGUGGAGCCGGUAGGGGACUAUAUUGCUUGUUAUAAGUCUUGUUGUUUCUUUUUUACAUUUGCAUAAGGUGAAUGUGACAUUGUUAAUUAUUUAAGGGGUUUUAUUACAAAAUUGAUUAUUUUUCUCCACCGAAAUGUAAACUAAUAGUUUUAAGUAAUAAAGAAGACAUAAAACUGCCCUGUGAGUUAAUAGGCAUGAUAGUGUAAGUGUUACAGUAUCAUUCACAAACAAUUAUGUUUGAUAUAUUGUAUUACACAGCAUAAUUUCUAAUAAGCUGUGAAAAGAAUGCAACCUAGAACCAUAUUUUCUCUGGCAAAAUGCGUUAUGUACUUGUUUGGGCACUUUGUUUGAUGAAAUAGAAUCUAUCCACAAACUGGCAUAUUGACUGAAUGUUUUCCAAAAUGUUGUCACACAUUCCAAAAGUAGUUGGGAAUGUUAUAACUUAAAGAAACUGCAAACGAAAUAUAUUUUAAAUGAUUUGUCGUUGAUAAAGAAUCAUGGGAAAAUUCGUAAAUAAGCUUUUUAACUUAACACAUAAAAACGAAUGCUAACACAAUUUUUUUUAUAUAAAACCACUUUGUCGAGUUUGAAGCAUAACAGACUUAACCCUUUCAGUGCGGGAACCGAAUUUUUAAGGCCUUUGCAAACAGUUUGGAUCCAGAUGAGACGCCACAGAACGUGGCGUCUCAUCUGGAUCCAAACUGUUUGCUAUUCUGAUAGUAUUCUUUGCAAAAAAAUCCAAGAAAAUGCUAAUUUCUGCAGACGACAUUUUAGCAGACGACAAAUUUCCCAGCAUGCAAAGGGUUAAACUCCUAUCGAACUGGACACAUGACCCUAUGAAGGCAGCUUGAGGCAGCUUCUUUUAUGUUUUUCUUUAGUAAUCUGAUCUAAUAAAUUUAGUGAUAAAUAAUUAUGAUAAAGGAUUAAUUAGUCUCUUGAAGCCACUUAGUCACUUAUGACAUCUACCAAAUGAACUUUAAGUGUUAUGGGUCGUGCAUACUUGUAAAGUUGGUGUAAAGUUCUCCUGGAAAUACAAAGUUCAGUUUUGCGAACUACAAUUGGCACAAGUGCAAAACAAAACUUUGCUUUAGCUGUUGAUAAUUGAAAUGUUUAUGUUUAGAUAUGAAAUUGAAGCAUUGAAGCAUCAACUUAUGAAUAACAUAACAUUUGGCAAAAUACAGAAAUGUAUGCAUCUUGAUGAAAAUACUUUAAAUGAACUUCAAUAGUGUUUAAUAAUUGGAAGGGUGUAUGUGUCAAGAUAUAAAUAUAUGCAGAAUUUGAUCCAGACAAUGUUAUUUCAGAAUAAACCAAACCUUGACCAAUAUUCCCAAGCCUUUAAAUUUCUCAAGUAAGUUUGCAAAGUACUGACUCACUGAUUUUUUAUUAUCUUUUUUAAUAUUGGUUGUUUUGUUAUAGUCUUUUUUCCAUCAAAAAUUCAUUUCUUGAAAUAUUUUGUUAAAAUAAUGUUAUCUUAGACAAAAGAUUGUAAAUGUCAGGUUAUUUCAAUCAUGUUUAGGGUUAAUAAUGAAAAAAGAAUUAUAUGUUCAAUAACUUAAUAUUUAGACUUCUGAAACAUGAUUUUAAGAGGUCUUGAUAUAGCAAUAUAUUGCAUGUCGUCAGGGGAGACUAACCCUGUAGAGUGGAGGUCAUCCAAUACUUAUUUGUCUUGACUUGGUUACAUAGGAAAUUGUUACACUAGAUCAUUUUGUUUGUUCACGGAUUCGUACAAAAAUGCAAUUGGGAUACUUGACUAGUAGACAGUUGUCAAUCAAGGUUUGAGUUCUCAAAGUGUGGGUUUAGAUUUGUUUUGAUAAAUAAAAACACUUGAUUACAUAAUCCGAUUAAAUAACUGUAAACACUUGGCCAAUAAACUAACAGGAAUUGCUAUAGAUUUCUGUCUCGUAGUAAAUUCACUUUGACACCCUUACAUCGAGAGUGUGUGUAAUUUAUGUAACAUUUAUUUUCUGUGUUGAAAAUAGCUGAUUUAAUGUAAAAACUCGUAUAUUACAUUUGUAAAUGUAGUGAACAAAUUUUUUAUUUUGCAUGAUUGAUAAUGUUACGAUUAUAUUUAUAUUACAUUGUAUUGUAAUGUCUUGAAAUUAAUGUGUUUUGAAGAGGCUUGUGUUUCUGUAAGGAAGAAUGUUUUUAGAAAAUGUGACUUUCACUUAAAGUCCAAAAGUCAUGAUAGUGAAGUACUUUGAAGUUCAAAAAUGUGUUAUUGUUGUAAAUAAAUACAUUAUUAAGAA